GAUGGAGGAGCCUUGCACCCCAAGAGGCACCAGGAGGGCGAAGCUCACCAGGUCCCACUCAGAGCAGCCGGAGGAAUGGUGUUUGUCGUCUUCCCCCUAUUCAGCCCGGCGGAAACCAAAGUCGCCCGGACGCAGCCUCACGGCGAUUUUCACUCGUCCCGAACGCACCGAGAGAGCAUCUUCAGAAGACACCAGAACACUGUACAGAAGGAGAACCAUUGGCACGUUUUAUGGUGAUCAGAGAUUCGCUGCUGUGCCGGAGGAUGAGCAUAUCUCCUUGGAAAAAUGUGUAACGGAAAAAAGGAACCACAAUAUUAGCCUUUCUCUUUUUUCUGAGUUAGAAAAUGUUGAAGAUAAUUACUUCGGCAAUAGUUAUAAUGGUACUUUUGAGCAGAGAGAUAACUAUAACGGUUCUUAUGAGCAGAGAGAUAACUAUAAUGGUUCUUAUGAGCAGAGAGAUAAUUACAAUGGUUCUUAUGAGCAUAGAGAUAAUCACAGUGGUUCUUUUGAAGAUAGGAACAAUUAUAGUGGGGUUUAUGAACAUAGGGACAGAUUUGACUUAAUGGCUCCAGUUUCUAGGGUUGAAAGUUGUCUAAGAAGGAGAAAUGCUGUGCCUGUUGGGGAGAAAUCAGAUGUUAGCAAGCCCCCAACUCCUAAAAGUUCCUCACUAUUAUGCUCAUUACUAAUGAGAAUUGGUAAACUUUUCUUUUGGUGCUCCAUUAUUGCAUUUUUAGUUGUUUUAGGAAUGUUAAGCUUAUCUACUUUCAUCCUUCACCAGAAGUCGGUGUGUGAACAAAGACAGGGUUUGAAAAUACCACUGGAUGCAUUAAGGGAAGAACUCACGUCACAUGUAAUUGGCCAGGACAUUGCCAACAAAGUACUUUUAGAUUCACUACAAAAGCUCCAGGAUGAUGACUCCUCAGAACCACUUAUAAUGUGGAUGGUUGGUUGGUCUGGAAGUGGCAAAACACACACUAUAAACAUUAUAAAGAACCUGUUCCCAGACCCCUCCCAGGUACGCACUUUCAUACCAUCAAUUUUGAUGCUGAAUUCAAAUAAUCUGCAAAAACACGUCUCCAGUUUAUUAAAAAAGCUUGACUCUUGUGGCCCGAGAUUGAUUAUGAUUGAUGGCUGGGAUGAAGACAGUGACAUCUCCAUCAAUGUUCUCCAGACGUUGGUCAAGGAGUUGAAAAAACCUUCAAAGGAGAAACCCACAGGAAGGAUUAUUGUAAUCAUAACAGGCACGGAGGGAAGCCGGGAAAUCAACAGAAAGUACAUGAAGCUUCGUGUUGAGGGGAAGGACAGGGAAGAUCUCCGACUCGAAGAUUUUACGGAAGUGACCCAGGAUAUCGUUACGUCUAGGAACCUGUACGAGGAUUUCAGGAGGCUUGUGGUUGUGCCUUUUAUGCCCCUAGAGAAAUUGCAAGUACGGCAGUGCGUUUUGCAAGAACUCGACAAGAUACAAGAAAAUAUAGAGGAAAAAUACAAAAAUAGUUUGGCAAGCAAGCGGUCUUCAGUUGUGGAAGAAGUCGUGAAGCAAAUUAAUUUCAUUCCAGCCGGACAGCCACUACUCUCUGCCACAGGGUGCAAACGUGUCCAGCCUCUGCUUAGGUUACUAGUAACAGAAGUAAGGUAAAAGUGGAAUCUUUAUCUGAUAGGAAAUAUAUUUCAGUUCUGUUAUGCAUUGAUGUCCAUAUUUUUUUUCCUUUUUUAGUAUCAUUGUGGUUUUCCUGUCAAAACAAAUGUGAGAAUAUGUGUAAUAUGAAAAGAAAUGUGGAGAUGCAUCAACUGUUAUAUGAUUUUGUGGGACAUCACUCAAAGAUUCAUUUGAAGGAAUAUUUUAGAACAUAUGGUCAUUGUAAUCUUAGUUGAAAAAUAGUGUGUGAUGUGAGUUUGUGCCAGUUACCCUUGCCAUAUAUAUUUGAGCAUCUCAUGCUAUUCUCACUGACACUGCUAUAAAUUCGCAUUUAUAAAGUCUUAUGUGCUGGACAGGAAUCAGCUUUAAGACAGUUUGUAAGACAGGUACAAAUAUAAGCUAAGAAUUUCAAAAGGCAAGGUGAAAAAUUUUUAUGUUCCUCUUGUACAGUUAUAUCAGGAAAAAUUACUAUAUCAAAACUGUAAAAUGUAAAACUGAAAGAAGUAAUCCUGCCUUGUGAGUUCUAUGCAUUUUCAUUAUGCUUAUAGAGUUAGGCCACAGGGUUUGGGAGAAAUUCCCAGUGCAGGGCUUUGAUUUUCCUUUGUUCAGAAGACAAUGAAGGAAUGGUGCUAUUGAUAGGCUGAGUAAAUGGACAAUAUAUUUUAUUUUAAUUUCAUCAAUAAAUAGUUACUAACUUAAGCUGUGAUAACUUUUAUCUGUAAGUAAUGUGUAUUUUUUAUCAAAAAUCAUGUCAUUGUAAAUUUCAGUUUGUCAGAUUUUAAGCAUUGUAUUUUUAUAGUGGAAAAUAACUUCAUGCUUUUUAGAGGGUUAGUUGAUUUGCCUCCAUACUGAAAUUUAGUAUGUUCAAUAUUUUUUAUAUGUAAUAAAUGGAA